AUGGGUUCUCAUCAGAUCGAGCAGGUUGAUGUGCUGCUCGUUGGAGCUGGCUUUGCCUCGUUCACUUUGUUGAACCGCCUACGGAAACUCGGCUACAGCGUUCGCAUCUUCGAGAAGGGAUCUGCCAGUGGCGGUAUUUGGUAUUGGAACUGCUACCCCGGUGCCCGCGUGGAUACGGAUACACCCAUCUACCAGCUGUUUGACAAGGAACUGUGGGAAGAUUUCACUUUCAAGGAGCGAUACCCAGGCUGGCAGGAGCUCCGCCGCUAUUUCGAAUACGUCGAGAAGAAGUGGAAUGUCCGUGACUAUACCUCGUUCAACAAGCAAGUGGACGGCGCUGUGUUUGAUGAAGGUCGCCAACAGUGGCUGGUUGAGUGUUCGGACGGCAGCGAAAUCUACGCCAAAUGGUUCAUCCCCUGUAUCGGAUUCGCCAGCAAACGGUACACGCCUCCGUUUCCCGGUCUCGGCAACUUCAGGGGCGACAUUUACCAUACCGCCGUAUGGCCCCAGCACGGCGUAAAUUUGAAGGGCAAACGAGUGGCUGAAAUCGGCACCGGUGCCUCGGGGAUCCAAGUCAUCCAGGAAAUCGGUCCGGUUGUGAAGGAGUUGACGGUGUACCAGAGAACGCCUAACAUGUGUCUGCCCAUGAACCAGCGCCUUCUUGAUCCCAAAGAGGAAGAGGAGAAGAAGAAGAGCGGGUGGUACGCGGAGGAAAUGGAGAAGACCCGCAACACCUUCGCCGGCUUCACCUACGACUUCAUGGAGAAAAACACGUUUGAUGACACGCCCGAGGAACGCGAAAAGGUGUACCACAAGCUCAUGGUUGAGGAUGGCGGCUUCAAGUUCUGGCUUGCCACAUACAAGGACAUGUUAUUCGACCUCAAGGCGAAUGAACCUGCCUACAAGUUCUGGCGCGAACAGGUCCUGAAGCGCGUCAAGGACCCCGAGAAACAAAGGCUUCUGGCCCCUGAAGUUCCCCCACACCCAUGGGGCACCAAGCGCCCGUCCCUCGAACAGAGGUUCUACGAAGUGGUAGAUCAGCCCAAUGUGAAGAUCAUCGACGUCAACGAGAACCCCAUCGAAGAAGUCACCGCCACGGGCCUCAGAACCAAACAGGGUCUUGUCGAGGUGGACGUCAUCAUCCUGGCUACCGGCUUCGACUCGGUGACCGGUUCGCUGGCCCAACUCAACAUCCAAGGCACGAAGGGCGGCACAAUUGCCGACCACUGGAAAGACGGCACUCGGACCGCCAUGGGCAUUGCCAUGCCGGAGUUCCCGAAUAUGUUCUUCCUGUACGGGCCUCAGGCGCCCACCGCCUUCAGCUCGGGCCCGACCUGCACGCAGUUCCAGGCCGAAUGGGUCGAGAAGACCUUCAAGAUGAUCAAGGAGAAGGGGAUCACCCGGCUCGAGGCUACCCCCGAGUCUGAGGAAGACUGGUGCAAGAGAAUGUCCGAGAAGUGGGAUGCGACGCUCUUCCCCCUGGCCAAGAGUUGGUACCAGGGCGCCAACAUCCCGGGCCGCAAAGUUGAGCCGCUCAACUGGUCCGGCGGAAUGGUCGAGUACGUCAACACUCUGAACCGCAGUCUCGAGAACGACAUGCAGGGCUGGAAAUACUCCACGGCCACAGCAUGA